AUCAUGACAACAAUAUUGACACUGAAUUGAAUACUUAAGCAACCGAUUCUUCGUCUUUCGACUUCAGACGUUCAAAGUCUCUCAUCAUCACAAUCUCGUCUCUUGUCUUCGCCCUUCCCACUCAAGCCACCACAUACACGCCCAUCAUGAUCGAGUUGGAUAACUUCUCGCUUGGCGAAGGUCAAGUGCACGAGGUGUAUCAGCGCUGCAUUCUGGUGUCCGGGAAGUCCAAUGACGCCGGUGCCCUCGAGAACGGCGACGGCAACGUCGUUGUUGAAGUCAAGGAUGAGGUCAACCGGUCAUCGUUCCUAGUACAGCGAUGGCCAAUGUGCCGUGGCUACUUCAAGGCCCUUGUCCUCCUCUCACCGGGCUUGAACAAAGUCCUUAUCAGCACGGCCCCAGACAGUAAUGGUUCAACAGAGAUCUCCGUCCGCUACACCCCUCUCCUUCAGACGCCGCCUCUGCAUCUGGCCGUCAUGAUCGCCAAGGACUCCCCCCUGCUGAUGGACUGCCCGCCCGCAAAGCUCGGCGGCGUCUCCAACACCCACUCUAGCCUCGACGCCGCGAUCUCCAAAUUCCGCAUUGCCGCAUACAUGUGGCAGGCACUCACGGCCGAGGACCUCCGUGCCAAAGGCCUAGGCCGCCGUUCCUUCCGCCUCGAAGAAGAAUGGACCACCGACACACUCAGCCAGCAGAGCCUGAACUCGCCGGCCGCGGGCCUCGUCCCCAAGGUCCACCUGAUCCGCACCGACAAGACCGUCGCCGAGCUCCGCGACGCCAACCUCGCGCAGCAGAACCCCCGCGCGCGCCAAAGGGACGACCUGCACAAGAUCUUCACCAACGCACUGCUCGCCCACGGCGCCCCCUUCACCUCCCACGCCAAGCCCGUCGUCGCAGGCCUCAUCCUCGACGCGCACUACGACCUGUCCAUCACCCCGAAGCCCCUCAUCCUAGCCCAUGCCGCGCUCGGCUGCCACGACCCGAACGGCCUGUCCCUUGGCAUCUUCGGCAGCCACCUCGCCUACUCCUGGCCCCGCUUCCUGGAAGAGGUGCCCUCCUGCCUGCUGGACCCCACCCGGCCGGGCGACACCGUCGGGAACGACAACGGCGAGUGCAACACCAUGUGGCAGGCCUGUGCCGUCGGCCAGGGUGCAUUGGAGCCUGUCACGCCAGAGACGAAGCAUGAGUGUCGAUGGGAUCUGAGGGAUGUGUUGAAGUUCAGGGGGUUGAGGCAUUUUUGGAUGCCUGGUGACGGGGAGUUGUCGAAGGAGGCGCCGUCAAUUACUGUCGAGGAGGGCGACGAUGGGAAAUUGGAGAGCAUGUAUGUGGAGGUGAUGUGCGAGGUGGGAAUUGCCAGAGUGGCUUUCAACCAGAAGGGAGGCAAGCAGGUGGCUGAGCAGCAGGCGUUCGAUGCCGCUCCGGUCAAGUCACUCCGCUACCCGCGCCGGCAGCUCAUCGAGAAGUUCGGCAACGCUAAGCAACCACUCGAGCUGGAAGUCACCGCGAUGAACGGCCAGCAGCGCGCCAUCGGCAACAUCUGGAACCUGUUCAAGAACAGGUCGUACAUCAACGUGCCGGGCACCAAGAUUCGCCUGCUGAAGCAAUCCGUCAGCGCCGGUCCCCAUGCCGAAGACGAGGAUGUGUGGACCUGGGCAGUCAUGCUGAAGAAACGGAACAGCCAAGGCAAGCUGGUGGACGCCUCCAAGAUUGACUUGCGCGUUGGCUGCGUCCUCGACGGUGCGGUGGUCUAUUACAAGGAUGGAGAGACUGUUCCUUGCGGGCCUAGGGGCGUAAAUGGGGAUCCCCACAUGGGAGGCCAUCAGGCAAGGAAGCUUGCGCUUCCCAGCGGGGCAGAAAUCGACAAAGUUGCUGUGAGCCGAGACAACAAUGACAGGGGCAGAUGGUUGUACGGCCUGCGGAUGUGGCUUUCUAACGGCAAGGCAAUGGGUGCGCUGAACAUGCGGUGUGGAGCCCAGGUCCAGGCGGAAAUGCUCGUGCCUCCGUCAAGCCACAAGAUCAUCGGCUUCUAUGGGACCAGCGGAAAGUAUGGGCUGUGCUCGCGGUUUGGCAUUGUGAGCGCUCCGCGGGAUGCUGUUCUCCCCGAUGCCGUGUACGACAUGGAGGAGCUUCAAAACAAACCGGAGCAAGAUGGCCAUCGCAGCAAGAGACGCCGGACUGAUGACGACGAGCAAGACGUCGACGAGAACAUAAGAGAUGCGGGUGACGACACCCCCGAUGACUCGUGCACGUCCGAGGAUGAGGAUGACAACUACGAUGAUGAAAUGGAUUCGGAGAUGGAGAAAUGGUACAAAUGACGCCUUGGCGACGGGUGCCUUCGACUGGCCUUUUCUGGAGAGAAUAGAAGGGUGGUAGAGGUCUGCAUUAUCUGAUACAUAUCCUAAUGUUUGCUACUUUGUACAUGUAUGUACAUUACACAACGGGCACCUAAGCUUGCCAUUUUGUCUUUCUUGAUACAGUUAUCCACCUUGUCCGAGUCCAACAAGUCCUUAUUGGCACGCUGACAUGGUGUCAUACAUGUACCGACAACACGGGGUCCUCAGGCUGUGUAAAGAAGCAUCGACCAUAGGAA